AUGGAUGACGUCACAGAAGUGUAGAAUAAUAGUGAUGAUAUACGACGCGUUUUUUGAACUUGCAAAGCAAAAAAUGAAAAAAUAAGUGAGGAAAAGUUCAGUAUUUAGCAACUCAAAAAUUAACUUUUUGUCUUUUGCCGUCAAGUUUUUUUCGAUUCCCCCUCAUUCGAUAAGAUUCGAUUUCCAGUGAACGGUCAGAGGAUUGUCUUGUUAUCGCGUCAUCCCGAAAGGUAUGUCGUCCUAUUUUAUCUACUGUAUUCUUCAUAGGUUUGGGAUCAAGGCGCGAUGUCCAAAACAACGGUCCAAGCGACCGAAAGAGAGCCCGAGAGAAAGAUUUGGGAUGAAAUCUUCUGCCGGAAACCGAAGAAGAAGACCGGGCUCUCGAUGGCCGAUCUGAAGAGGGAUGUGGAGAUGGACGACCAUAAGAUCCCGCUGGAAGAGUUCGCCAAAAGGCAUAAAACCAACUUGGAGAAGGUGAGAUGACAUUCAUUUUGAGAGCUGCGUUUGUAUAAGCAGGCCAGACUAUGGCCAUGAUGACAUAAAUUGGGCAAACUCAAAAAUUUUUUGAAAUUUUUCGAACGUUACCCUUUUCUUUUCAGGGUCUCACCGACGACGACGCGGCCGAAAGAUUGAAAAAGGACGGCCUGAAUCGUCUGACCCCACCCAAAGCCAAGAGCAAAUUGGUGAUGUUCCUCCUGAUCCUGGUCACCGGAUUCAACAUCCUUCUUUGGAUCGGCUCCAUCGCCUCUUUGACCAGUUUCCUCAUCGAAUAUUAUGUCCAGCCUCAGUACAACAUUGAGAAUCUUUACCUGGCCGCUGUUUUGUUUCUGGUCGUAGUCAUCACCAGUGUAUUCCAAUUUUAUCAAGAAAACAAGAGCUCGACGAUCAUGAAGGGAUUCGCCGAUAUGGUCCCUCCAAUGGCUACGGUAAGUGGAAGGUCAUCUGGUAUAGAAUCUAAAUAUGGCUCUAAAAGCAACUAUAUGGGGUCUAAUCUCAAUUGCAAUAUAUUUUCAGGUGAUUCGCGACGGAAAACACAAAGAAAUCCAGGUUCAGGACCUUGUGGUUGGAGAUCUAGUGGAAUGCAAAGGUGGAGAUAGAUGCCCAGCCGACAUUAGGAUCAUCAAAUCUCAGGGAUUCAAGUUGGAUUACUCAUCUCUGACCGGAGAAAAUGACCCCAUCACAAAGACUCCAGAAUUUACUCACAAUAAUCCCCUCGAAUCUCGGAAUGUUGCCUUAUUCUCGACGAAUGUGGUUGAAGGAUACUGUAAGGGAAUUGUGAUGCUAACGGGAGAUCGAACUAUCAUGGGGAGAAUCGCGGCCCUCACUUCUCAGGUAAGGACUUCAAGCUUUACAUGUAUAAGUUUAGGUAACCUCGGGUAAAACUCCUCUUUCAACUGAGAUGAAUCACUUUAUCAACGUGAUUGGGAUCGUCGCCAUUGUAAUUGGUGUCGUUUUCUUCGCCAUUUCCAUCUCCAUCAACCGCAAUAUUGUGAGCGCUAUAAUCUUUUUCAUUGGAAUUGUUGUGGCCAAUGUGCCUGAGGGAAUCGUGGCCACCAUCACGGUGGCGUUGACUCUAACUGCACAGAAGAUGAGCGCCAAGAAUUGUCUGGUAAAGAACCUGCACGGAGUUGAGACUCUUGGAUCCACAUCUACAAUUUGCUCAGACAAAACGGGGACUCUCACUCAGAACAGAAUGACCGUAACCCACACAUGGUUCGACAACAAUGUAAAUGAUGUCACGGACACUGUAUUCCCAGAACCACCGACCCCCAACACAACCGAGGGAUUGAUCUGGAGAUGCGCGACUCUUUGCUCGAGGGCAGAAUGGAGAAACGAGGACAUAAAUCAGCCGAUCAAGAAGAGAGAGGCCAACGGAGAUGCCAGUGAGAUCGCAUUGUUGAGAUACGGCGCCCUGAGAUCGAAUGACACGGUAGAUAAGUUCAGGGCGGCAUGGCCGAAAGUCGCGGAGAUCCCUUUCAACUCAUCCAACAAGUAUCAGGUAGGGAACACUUCGAAUAAUAUUUUUGAAUCCUUGGAUAACAUAACCAAGAACGCCAUUUAGGUCUCAGUUCAUCGUAACGAGUCGGAUCGCUUUGUUUUGGUGAUGAAAGGAGCCCCGGAGAAGAUCUUGGCCAGAUGCACUGACGUCGUGAUGAACAAUAAGACCAUCAAGCUGGGACAUGAUUUCAAGGCCAUGUUUACCCAUGCCUAUGAUAAGCUUGGAGGAAUGGGAGAAAGAGUUCUUGGCUUUUGCGACCUUGAACUGGAUCCGGAGAAGUUCCCAGAGGACUUUGAUUUCUCCACCGAACCCAUCAACUUCCCUUUGGAAGGCCUCAGAUUCUUGGGACUCAUCUCGAUGAUCGAUCCGCCCAGACCCGGAGUGCCCGAGGCGGUCAAGCUUUGCCAAGAUGCCAGGAUCAAAGUAAGGACCAUGUUAGCUAUACAUAUAUCAUCAUCUGAAUUGAUGGAUAGAAGACUUGAGUAACUACAUACUACAAUAUUCAGGUGGUAAUGGUAACUGGAGAUCACCCAAUCACUGCGAGAGCCAUCGCCCAGCAAGUUCAUAUCAUCAACAAGGAUUACAAAGUAGCACAUUUGGUUGAAGACAGCGAUAGUUUUGAUGACGUCAUCAAUGCUUACGAGUUAGGCUCUCUAAAAUAAUAUAAGCUAUUAAUUCAGAGGUGAAAAGGCCGUAAUUGUCCAUGGAGAACAACUGAAAAAACUGGCCGUCGAACAACUCGACCAUCUUGUCAAGAUCUACCCUCAAGUUGUGUUCUCAAGAACCUCCCCCACUCAAAAAUUGCAGAUUGUGGAGGCUUACCAGAGAUGCGGAAGAAUCGUGGCGGUCACUGGAGAUGGUGUAAACGAUGCUCCUGCUCUCAGAAAAGCGGAUAUUGGAAUCGCCAUGGGUAUCGCGGGUACUGAGGUUUCUAAACAAGCAGCCGACAUGAUCCUCUUGAACGACAACUUUGCCUCGAUUAUCACCGGAGUCGAGGAAGGAAGGUUGAUAUUCGAUAAUCUGAAGAAGGCCGUUGCUUAUGUCCUCACCUCCAAUGUCGCCGAAUUGACCCCGUUCCUUCUCUAUGCUACCACUGGGAUCCCGUUGCCAUUGAGUAUUGUUGCCAUCUUAUUGAUCGACGUCGGAACUGACCUGGUAAGAGAAUUAUAUUAUCACGAGAGCCACUGAUAUUAUUAAUGAUGAUAUAUCGACUGUAAUAUCCACUUUAGUGGCCGGCUAUCUCUCUGGCAUAUGAAGAAGCCGAGAACAACAUCAUGAAGCGUCCGCCUCGAAAUCCAGAGCACGAUAAACUGGUCAAUUACCGUCUUCUCAGCUUCACCUACCUUCAGAUCGGGGUAAUCCAAAGUCUCGCUGGAUUUACAACUUACUUCAUCGUCAUGGCGGAGAAUGGGUUCCUUCCAAAACGAUUGUAUCAGAUUCGGGACACCUGGGAAGAUCAGGGGAUCGACGAUGUUGAUGAUUCUUAUGGUCAGCAAUGGGUAGGAAAACAUCAUCGAUUCAUCUAUUUUAUGUCGUACUGCUUUCCGUAUAUAAUAUAAUCUUCAUUCCAGUCAUACGAUCAGCGAAAAACUCUCGAGCAUUGUUGUCACGGCGCCUUCUUCUUUGCAAUCGUUGUCGUCCAAUGGGCCGACCUUAUUGUAGCCAGAACAAGAUCGGCCUCUCUUCUCAGUCAUCGCUUCUCCAAUACCGUCCUUUUGACGGGAAUGCUGUCCACCCUUGUUUUGUCCUACUUGUUCCUUUUUGUUCCCGGAGUUCACGUUGUCUUCCAAUUGACUGGCCUCAGAAUCCGUUGGGCGAUGGUCGCUGUUCCCUUUGGAUGGUUCCUGGUUCUGUUUGACGAGACGAGAAGAAUGGCGAUCAGAAGAAAUCCAACUGGUUGGCUCUACAGAGAGACUUAUUAUUGA